AUGAGCCAACUGCGCAAAAAACAGUCGCUGUCCAUACUGUCUGGAUCGCACUUGAACCAGCUGAGCGGAGCGGCAAGCGUCGGCUCCGACAGGCCGGUGAAAGAGCGAGUCAUCAGCGAAAGCACGGGGCUAAUCAAAUUCGCAUUGCGCCAGAGCUCUGACAAACACAACCCGGACGACGACGCAGACAAGCAGGGUCUGCCGAUCUACAUUCCGAUCGAGGAAAACGUACGGGAGACCGACGGAAGGACAGAAGAGCUGAACACGUUGAUGUUCCAGCUCGCGUCGAAACAGCGCAAGGCGCUCGAGCUGAGGGACGAGCUGGAGUCGGUCGAGUCGGAGGUCAGGAUUCUGGAGCAGCAGUGCAGAAACCUGAUGGAUAUCCCUGGAGAACGGAAGCUGGCAAAAAAACAGUCCAUCAUCAAUUUUGCUCCGCGCAGCGAAAAACUCGGCCAGGAGCCGUAUACACAGCUGACCAAGACACUCAACACUUUCACAAACAAUCUCAGCAGCAACAUUCACGCCAACGAGCUGCUGAAUAAGGGGAAGACGUUCAUCGAGAACCUGAAUAAGGAGAACGAGAAAUGGAUUGCGGAUCUGCAGAACAGAGCCUCGAGCUUCAGAAACGAGGAACACCCCAUGCUCAAGAAACUCAUGAAGCACAAGGCCGACAACUCGCCGCUGAUCCCGAGACUCAGGUCGUCCCUCAACCUGUUCCACGCGUCCGGCCCGGACAGCGAGUACUCGGACGACGAGCACUACGGCGGAGAAACCUCGCCAUACCCAGCAUAG